UUCGCCAAAUGGUUGAAAUUUUUUUCGGCUUCCCAUUAAAAUUUUUCAGUCUGAUUGGGGUGGUGAAUAUCAAGCAUUGACUUCUUAUCUUUCCAAUAAUGGUAUUAUUCAUCGCUCCUCUUGCCCCUAUACCCCAGAACAGAAUGGUUGUGCUAAGUGAAAGCAUCGUCAUAUUAUCAAUAAUGGGCUUGCUAUGUUACAUCAAGCCCAUGUUCCGCUCAAAUAUUGGUCUCUUGCUUUCGAUACGGCAUGUUAUCUCAUCAAUCGUACUCCUACUCCUCUUCUUCAAAAUUCCUCUCCCUUCACUACCUUGUUUCAUACUUCUCCUGAUCUUCUCAAUCUUCGUGUCUUUGGUUGUUUGUGUUAUCCUUGGCUCCGUCCUCUCACUUCAAAUAAACUUCAACCUCGUUCUACUCCCUGUGUUUUCUUGGGUUAUAGUCAUCUACAUAAAGGUUAUCGUUGUCUUGAUCGUUUAACUGGCCGUAUCUAUGUCAGUCGCCAUGUACUCUUUGAUGAAUCAAUUUUUCCGUUUCGAGAUAAUCCUCCUCCUUCACCCGAUACUCUUUCUCCUGCUUCCUUUCUACCUGACCCUAUUUCCCUUCCCCACCAUCAAUUCUCACUCGGCCCAUCUUCUUCCCCUCCUAUCACCCAGCCCACCGAGCCCACUUCCUUAUCUCCACCAAUCCAGCCCACCGAGCCCACUUCCCUCCCCAAGCUAAACCCACCCACCCAGAUCCUAUCACCCUCUCCACCCACCCAGCCCACUGCACCUAUUCCUCCGCCACCUUCCCAUUCUCGGCACCUCCUCCAAUACCAUCGCCGCCCGUGUCCCGCUCCCUCCUUCAAUAUCACCGUCGCACUCAUCCUACCCAACCCCCUAUCUCCUCCCCAGCCCCUUCUCUACCCUCCACCUCCACUUCACAGUCUCGUUCCAAACCUUCCCUACCAAAUUCUCUUUCGUCUCGGCCACCUUUCAACACCUCUCCCCCGCAUCAUCCCUACUCCUGCCCAGCCUUCUCCUCCCCGACGAAUGGUCACUCGUACUCAGACGGGGAAAUUGAAACCCCGUCAGUUCCUUGCCGCCGCACCUACUGGCAUUCCCACCACUGCUGCGCAGGCCCUUAAGUCCCCUCUUUGGCGUGCCGCGAUGACAACUGAGUUUGAGGCUCUCAUACCCAAUCAUACCUGGGAUUUGGUUCCCCCUCCACCAGAUUGCAAUAUUCUCACCAAUCGAUGGGUUUUUGCGGAGAAAACCAACCCUGAUGGUUCACUUGAGCGCCAGAAGGCACGACUCGUGGCUCGUGGUUUCCAACAAAUUCCGGGUCAAGACUUCGGCCAAACAUUCAGCCCGGUGCUGAAACCAGCCACGCUUCGUCUUCUGCUCGGGAUUGCAGUCUCCAACUCCUGGCCACUUCACCAAAUUGAUAUUUCAAAUGCAUUCUUACAUGGGACUUUGCAGGAUGAGGUAUAUAUGCAGCAACCCAUUGGGUUUGUAGAUCCAGAUCGCCCUGAUCACGUCUGCUGUAUGCAGGGUUCAAGAAGGCGCGCAUAGGCGCACGCCUAGGCUCAAUUAGGCGCUAGGCGGUGGAGGAUCGCCUUGACUUGGCCAUAGGCGUUGUAAAAGGCGCUGGUAGCGCUUAGUAGGUAGGAAUAGCACUUAGUUUGCGCCUAGUGGAGAGAAGGCGUGUUUGGGCGUUCGUGGGUGAGCUUAGGCGGUUAAACCCAAUACUCUUCGUUUUGUCCUAGAAAAUCAGAAACUUGCCUCUUGCCCUAGAAAAUCAGAAACACGGGAAGUAACAUCUGCUGCCGCCCGCUGCCCUAGCUCUCGCCCCAUCUACUACUGCCUGCCACCCUAGCUCUCGCCCCAUUUGCUGCUCUCUGCCGCCGCGGAGAAAGUCAUCGAUCACUCUUCUCGCCUUCACACCGCUCCGCUGCUAUAGAGGGAAAUAAAGUCGAAACUCGUCA